UCUCCUCACUCUACGCAAAUUAGCAUCCUUUAUCUCCUUGUCUCCGGUCGCCAGCCACAAAAUCCCCCAGCUGCUACCUGAUCUACAUACAUGCCGCCUACAUACAAACCGGGACGCCCAUCCCCAUCUCCGUCGCCAUCGAUUGUUUCCUACUCCUCCCUGACGACGGCAACGACAGAGCGCGUGGCAAUGGCGAUCUCCUCGGCCCCGCUGGCGCCGCGGCGGCGCAGAUCGACGACCGUACUCCUGAUGGUGAACUACGCGGCGCUGCUGGUCGGGUCGGUGGCGUCGAGCCUGCUCUCCCGGUUCUACUUCGAGCACGGCGGGCAGAACAAGUGGGUGGUCACGCUGGUGCAGUCCGCGGGGUUCCCGACGCUCGUGGUCGCCGUGUUCCUCGCCGGCCGCCCCGCCUCCACGCCGCGGGCGUUUCUUUGGUUCUCGCGGCGGUUCCUGGCCGUGUGCCUCGUCAUCGGCGGGCUCAUGGGCGUCAACAACCUUCUCUUCUCCUACAGCUCGUCGCUCCUUCCGGUGUCCACCUCGUCGCUGCUGCUGUCCACGCAGCUCGCCUUCACGCUCGUCCUCGCCGUUGCCAUCGUCCGCCACCCGCUCACCUUCGUCAACCUCAACGCAGUAGUGCUGAUGACGCUCUCCUCCGUGCUCCUGGCCCUCCGGUCGGGCGACGCCGGCGAGAGCCCGGACCGGAAGGGGUACAUCAUCGGCUACGCCGUCACGCUCGGCGCCGCAGGGCUCUUCUCUGCAUACCUGCCGGUGAUGGAGCUUCUGUACCGGGAGGCGGUCUCGGGCGGGUUCAUCCUGGCGGUGGAGGUGCAGGCAGUGAUGCAGGCCAUGGCGUCCGUCGUGGCAGCAAUCGGGCUCGUGGCGUCCGGCGGCUUCGCCAACGACGUGGCCCACUGGAAGGGAUCCCACGCCGUUUACUGGGUCGUGGUGGUAACGUUGGUGGUGACAUGGCAGGCGUGCUUCAUGGGCACCGCCGGCGUGAUCUACUUGACGUCGUCGCUCCACAGCGGCGUGUGCAUGGGGGCGGUGCUCACGGCCAAUGUCAUUGGCGGCGUCAUGGUGUUCGGCGACCCGUUCGGCGCCGAGAAGGCCGUCGCCACGGCGCUCUGCGUCUGGGGCCUGUCCUCCUACCUCUACGGCGAGUACACCAAGAACAAGAAGAAAGCCGCCGGUGAUCAGGACGAGGACACCAUCCUCCCCGGCGCCCGUGACGACGACGAGAGCGUGCACAAGAGCCUCACUGCCGCCGCCGUUGAGGCCGUCGAAACCGUUUGAGGUAGCGCCGGCCACAGGGGGUACGCACUAACCAUGUGAUGAUCGAUAAGUACAUUGCAACAAUAGCAAUGGAAACUGAAAUUUUCUUGGUGCGUAGUGUACCCCGAGAAAGCAAAGUGGCAGCAUAGAUGAUGCAUUAGGUGUAGACGUGUCAUGUUGCAUCUAUAUAUCAGGCAAUGUGUUAUAUUUACAGCUUACAAAGAGACAAGAAUGGUUUGGUGGUGAUGAUGAUGGAUGCUUGUUUGGUGGA